AUGUACUGGCUGGUGGGUCUUCUUGACUCACCCGAUUUAAUUCGGUUUUCGCCCACGCUGCCCCACAGCUUUCCUGCUGCCGGACCUUCUCGUGCUCCAGGCGUGGGUUCCGUCGACACGCCUAUCCCUCUUUUCCUGUCUCCUACGCCACCUCCUGGCAUUUUGCCAACAUCGACACCACCUCUGGUACCAUCAGCCAACACGCCAGUCAUCCUCAAGGUUCCUCAUCUCAACAUUCCCAAGGUCGAGAUGCACACGCGUUGCGAGCGUCCCGCUAAGGCUAUUGCCAAAAUGAAGAACACUCUCAUGCUUGCUCCAAGCGCAAAAUCCAAGGCAAGUAAACGCAAGCGGAGCCCCAGUGAAGAAGGAGAGGAUGGGCAAUCAGACAAGUCGUUCAUUGCUAAUCCACCUCCUUGUAAACGUGGACGACCCCGUAAGAACUCGCCAGAGGUCAUCAACCCCGACUUGACGUGCGAUAAGAAACGCCUCCUUCCUCCUCAUCAGUGGUUUAUCGGAGUGUUCAAUGUCCCUACUGACUUAAAGCAUCUUUUCAACAAGCCUUUUAUGCCCAAGCCUUGCGUUCAAUGCUCCAUGGGCAAGAACCGAAAGGAGGAGAAAUGCCAGUUUCAAGGCUGGGGUUACCCCUGCGUGCCCUGCAAAACUGCGCAUUUCACUUGCUGUGAAUGUCGCCCUGCUCGCUUGGCUCCUGAACUUAUCGUUUCUCAUAUCCAAGACGCUGUCUUCGAUCAACAGCACAUCCACGCGAAUCAAGCAAUCAUUGACUCCUAG